CAGUGAAACUAAAUAUAUUUUGUCGUCUCCAGAUAACGAGGCAGCUAAAAUGUCUGUCCCAGUUAAAAAAAGGCGGCUAGGUAGUGACUAUUCAUCACCACUCCUCCCUACAACCAGCAGCAUACAUGUAGCAUCAGAAGUGAAUCUGUCAGACCAUUUGUCAAGCGUUAAACAUGUUAUCUUGGUAUUAUCUGGUAAAGGAGGUGUUGGGAAGAGUACAGUGGCUACACAAUUAGCAGUAGGAUUGAAACAAAAAGGCAAAAAAAUUGGCCUAUUAGAUGUAGACCUUUGUGGUCCAAGUGUACCAAAAAUGUUUGCUGUGGAAGGCAAAGAUAUUCAUCAGUGUCCAGAAGGAUGGUUACCUGUUUAUGUUGAUAAGGAACAACAGCUAGGUGUAAUGUCAAUUGCUUUUUUGUUAGACGGUAAAGACGAUGCUGUUGUAUGGAGAGGGCCAAAGAAAACAGCAAUGAUAAAGCAAUUUCUGAGUGAUGUUGUAUGGAGAGAUAUUGACUACCUUAUCAUUGACACACCACCAGGAUCAUCUGAUGAACAUCUGUCAGUUAUUGAUAACUUGAAGGCUUAUAAUCCAGAUGGAGCUAUUCUUGUUACAACACCACAAGCAGUAGCUGUGGGCGAUGUAGUUAGAGAGUUAACUUUCUGUAAAAAGACACACAUACCCAUUAUUGGUCUUAUCGAAAAUAUGAGUGGCUUUGUUUGUCCUCAUUGUUCAGAGUGUACAAAUGUAUUUUCAAAAGGUGGAGGAGAAUCCCUGGCUAAGAAGUACCAUAUUCCUUUCUUAGGAUGUAUUCCACUGGACCCACAACUAACACAGUGUUUGGAGGAGGGAAAGAGUUUUUUAGAACAUUUUAAAUCUUCACCCACAGUGACUGCCUUAAACAAAGUGCUUGAAAAACUAAUAUUAGUGGAUCGAGAUUUUCUAUAGUGUCGGUGUCUGGGUUACAAUUCUAAGUUUUUCUGGAAAUUUGAUGUAUUUAAUUAAUGCAAGUGUUAGUACAACAAAGUGAAAUGUUGACAACAUACAUGUAUAUGCUUUUAGAAAAUACGAAGAUGCUAUACAUGCUAUAGUUAGAUUUUGUAUGAUACUUUAAAGAAGUUACUGAAGGUUCCUCUAUGUUGCUUUUUAAAGUUCUAUAAAAACAUAAUUAAAUGAAACAAAUUUUGUAGUCUUAAUAUUUUCAAAUUUUUGAAAUAUAUUGUAUGUGGAUUAAAAUUCCAAAGAAUGGCAGGUAGUUCAAUCAAAUAUCUGUACAUAAUAAUACGUUAUCUGUACAUAAUAUAAUUUACUUUUUUAAGAG